UGCUUCUUCAAUUCAGUCAAAGCUUCGUCCGAGGUCGGUUCGUAGAUUUUCUCGCCAAAACAAAAAUAGCAUCCAAACGGUGUUGAAACGCGUUCGAAAGCGGUCCAAGUGUCGCGCAAAGUGCCAAUCGAAAGUCACCCCAUUGGAAGGUGUACCAGUGAUUCGCGGAAAUUCUGUUUUAAUAGCGGAAAAAUCGUUUUGAAGUUCGCUUUUCUGUGUAGAGCUUAGGCAGCAGCAGCAGCGAAAAUGAUGGAAAAAUUCAAGUCGUCUUUGUACAUCUAUAUGUAGCUGUGGUGGAUCCAGUUGCUACGGUUGUUGUGUGCGUGUCUUCCCGUGUGCGGGUUUGCUUCAUUCAAGAAAGUCGUCACAGGCACCAGGGAGCGAUAGAGCGAGUGCAGUGUAUUGCGUGUGUUGACAAAAAUAUGCUUUGAUUGUGUGGCGCGCGCGGCGUGUAUUAUGACUCAAAGUUAGAGCCGAAAGCCAGCCAGCCGAAGCUUGUUUGUGGAGGCAAAAUAGGCCCAGAGUGCAGUGGUCCAAAGUGACGGUAGUUUAACGAAAAUAGUGAAGUGAGGCGUAUUCAGCAGAGAGCACUCCAAGCGAAUUAGGAAGUGGCGUCUUUACCGAGUGAAAAACAUUCAAGAACAAACGAAGCAAACUUGAUAGGUGUUGCGAAGCAAAAACAAGAAAGAAUCUUACAAGAACAUUUCGUGUCAGUGGUUUGGUUUAGAUUUUUCGGCAAAUAGAGUGUCAGAACUUGCCCAGCGGUAAACUCCUAAAGUUACCGCCCAGUAUCGAUCCGUAUUAAAUGUGCCCGCAGCGAACGCAGAACUUCAGAAGUCGCCGUAUCGCCAGCACCAAAAUAUUAAAGAAGAGACUCUGUGUGCACCCGACGACCAUGUUCAGAAUCGCCAGGGUCAACAAUAGCUUAAUAAGAGAGCGAUCGCCCAAGAUGGUCAAGUACUCAGUUCCACAGUUGUUGGCCGCCACGAGUGUGCUGCAUCCGCACUGUUGUUAAACGUGUUAUCUCCGCUGUGUGGAGGAUUUUGCUGCUGUAAACAGCGCAAACUAGCUUAGUUCUGUAAGCUUAAAGGCAUCGUUCGAGGGUGUAGAAAAUUGUUCAAAAUAAAUUUUAAAUCCGCGUAAAUUUAUCCGAUACCUUAAUACACACCGCUACAUAAGCUCUUUAAAGUCUCUUAAAAAUAUCGAUACAACCUCUCAAAGGGAAAAACCAUCCCACAUUCUUCGCUCAUCCCUUCAUCGCGUAUCACAUCCGAUCGGAAGCAAAAUGAAGCUGCUGGAGAGCACUAGUUUUGAGGCGAUCAACAACGCCCUUCACAUCAUGACCGGCGACACGACCAUUCACGGUCGCAUCGAGAGCUACUCGUGCAAGAUGGCCGGUAACGAUAAGGCCCUGUACAAGCGGUUCACCUCGGAGCAAGCCCCGACCGAUUUGCAGGCCCUAUCGCCACCGCAAACCCUGCAGGAUUUUUCGCCGCAGCUGCUGCGUAGCUCGCUAUCCGGCGACGAAGGGGCCACCCUGUGCGAUACCAUCUCGCGCAAGACGCUGUUCUAUCUGAUCGCAACGCUCAAUUCGGCGUUUGAGCCGGACUACGACUUCAGCGAUGCGAAGAGCCACGAGUUCAGCAAGGAACCCUCGCUUCAGUGGGUUCUCAACUCGAUCGAGGGCAACCUAUCGGCGGUGGCCGGCGAGCAGUACCACAAGAUCCGCUCGGCCCUGUGGUCCACGAUCGAGGACGAGAUCUCGCUCAACGACUGCGACAUCUACAGCUACAAUCCGGACCUGAACUCCGAUCCGUUCGGGGAGCCGGGCUGCCUGUGGUCGUUCAACUACUUCUUCUACAACAAGAAGCUGAAGCGCAUCGUCUUCUUCACCUGUCGGGCCAUCAAUUCGGUUUACGCUGAUUCUGGCUUCAGCAGUGACUUUGCUAUGGAGGACGAAGAAUGCUACUAAACACCCGAAAGAAAAGCAGAAAAGAACCGAUAAGAAAAAUAUCACAAACCAUUUCCCCCAACGCCUACCGCCAACGACAGUUUGGUAAGGAGGAUGAAUUUACAACACAUCAACCAUGUUACUCUUUAUUAUAAAUAAUCCUUUUGUAUUUUGGACUUUUUUGCUUUUUGUGGGACAGGAUAUUUUUGUGUUAUCGUAUAAGCACUCGUAGCUCAGUUCAGAAUUCCAACCAGUAAUUUUCACAUUUUUUGUUCUCUUUUUUUUUCCAAAAUCUUGAUUACACUUAACAGGAAUGUUUGUUUUUUCAUUGAUAAUAGUUCGUUUAGACCAGUUUUAUUCAGUGUUUUGCAUAUGCACCGAUAACGAAACAAAAGAAAAACAGAUAUAAAACUAAGAAUUAACCAAUCUUAACAAGUUUGUCCCGUUCCACCACACAUACAGUAAUGCUAAGAAACGAUUAUAAUGAAAUAUUUUAUCGAGUAAAGUUGACUUGAAAAUUGUAACCGAUAGAGUUAAACAAACAAGAAAACAUUUUGAACAAUUUUUGUAACACACCACACAGCACAGCACCGUUACGUGAAGGCAGGUGAGAGCUGCGGUGUGAGAAUUUACGUAACCGUGAGUGCGCGAUGCCGGCAAUGUGUAGCCAACUGGAAACAUCAAACAAAGGGUUUUUCAUUUUUUUUUUUCUAGAUUUUUAGGGCACAAUAAACUGCGAUGAGGAUCAUCCAUGAAUGCGAGCACCACACACAUUGGCCCCCUAAAACGGCAAAAGUAGAACUCGCCGCACGCAAUAUGUAUCCAUGAUGCUUCAAGUGCUGGCGCUCGCAUAGGCCAGAGUUACAUACAAUAAUAUCUACUCAAUUAACCUGAAACACUAAAGUAUAGAAUCAAAACGCGUUUGAGACUGCAGUGGGGCGAAAUUUAGAAGCUACUCAGGAAUUUAGGGCAUAGUGCAGAAGUAAAACAAUACAUAAAAAAUGCAAAAAAAAAAUGAAAUUAGAUUGUAAGCGUGCAAGAAUAUUCGAUACGUUGUUGAUGAUGCAAACCUGAGAUGGCCGGCUAAAAUUCGUUCCAGCCUGCAGUCGCCAGUUGGUGAAAUUGCCCCUGUUUUUGGUGGCUAGCGAGUUGCUUUUCUGCUCUCAAAUCGAAGAAAUCGAGAAGGGUACGUACGGCAGGGAGGGAAGGAAAGUAUCAUAUUAUUGGAAACCAGCAGAGGCACAAUCAUGAAAUCACAGCACAGAAAAGCUUCACCCUAGGGAUGUUAGGAGAAGGCCCCGAAAGGCAGGCCGGAUUGCUUCCUAGUGUGGAUAUUCGCUGGCCACCAUCAACAGUACUCUAGUACACUCAGUAGGAUAGGGCGGUAGGAAUCCGAACGGGGUUCGUCCGCUUCCGGGCAUUUGGCGCGGGAGGCGGAACCGCACGUGAGAACUAUUUUAUUGACUGUACUCUGUGAUAUUAGCUUGGUAAGAGAGAAUGAUAGUUCUUAUGUAGCAGUAGGAAACAGUGAAUUAGUACUUUUAAGACACAUUUUUGCGCUUUAACACUGGAUGUGAAAUGUUUUUUUUAUUGAAUUCUUGAGCAAUUAGGCCAACGAACUUUGGUUGAUAAUAUGCGUGAACCAGAAAGAUCGUUGUAAAGAAUUCAUCACAGAAAAGUUCUUAUUUUUCCGAGAUAAGUCACUUAUUUUAAGAUCGACGUCAACAAACGCUGAAGUACAAAUUGCAAGUUGUGAAUGAGAAUUUCUUUUAUUCGGAUCAUCUUUUUCAGAUUUUCAGAUAGUGGCUUCCAAAUGUUUUGAAGAGAAAAGAAUUCUCCACGUUAGAUGAAGGUUUCUGUAUGGAAGUGAAGUUUUAAAACUAGCAAGUUUGGGCUGUACAAAGUUUAAUAGUUGAUGUUCAUUCAAUCUAGAGAUUGGUGCGAGCAAUCCUACUCGUAGUCACAAUCAUACUAGUCAAGAUCAUCCUCUUCGGAAGUUCAUUUCUAGCAUUGUGAGUAUACAGCCUCUUUCAACGCCCAUGUUUCUUGACAGAUGGGCCCCGUAAGAGCGUUACAAAGCGAAGUUACGAGAUCUAAAAUGCAGUUCGUAAAAUGUCCUGUUAGCAGCACAAUAUGUCUUCACUUUACGACAAAUGCUUAGAAAACAUCCACAUUAAUCAUUUCCUCAGCGCUAGCGCCCCUAGGCCUGCCUCUAUCUCUACCUGCAAUCUUGUACCACGUGCAAGGCCACAAACUUCUGUGAUUCGUACACUUUGAUUUUGAAGCAACAAGCGUUACUAGAGCCAGCCCAAUCAAUUUCGGCAGAAAACCGUGUUCUGGCAUUGUAUGCCAAAGCUUAUUUCUUUUCGCUGAACUGAAAGCUGUAAUAGAACGUAUGAUCAGAUGAUGAGUUACAUUCCCGGAAUGUGUCUGUCUAGCUCAAAUGCAGAGUAAACAGUUGAUCCAUCAUUGAUGGCCCCUAUCGAAAACCAGCUAUUCGCCGGCAAAGAACUUCUCAAGUGGCCUCAGACUGACCCUUGUGAAUGCUUGCUCACAGUAAACAGUAAUGCGGUAACGCCCAAGACGUCUCACAAUUGGAAACCCCAGGAAGAAUUGCGGAAGAAAUACACGAAGGAGCACUGAUACGACUUUCUGGAGGAACUCCAGAUGGAAUUCCGUUAGAAAUCUUGAGAAAAAUCUCUGGAGAAACCCCUAAAGGAGGAAUCUCUGGUUCUAACCCAGGAGAAACUCUGAACCGGAGGAAACCUGAAGGAACACUGGAAAGAAUCGAAUCUUUCGUUCUCUCCGAAAAGUAAAUCUAGAACUAUUUUGAGUAGAAUCUCUGGAAGAAUUCCGGGAACUAUCCCUGAAAAAGACUCAAAAGGAAUCCAUGAGAGGGGGAAUUCUCGAAAAUAUCUCUAAUAAUCCCAAACGGAGUCCCGAGAACAGAAAACAGUUAUCCGUUUACGCCCAAGAUUUCUUACAAUUGGAAACCCCAGGAAGAAUUCCGGAAGAAAUCCUCUGAGAAGCACCUGAAGGAAUUCCUGUAGGAACCCCAGACAGAAAUCUGGAAGAAAUUUUCAGAAAAAUCUGUGUAGAAACCCCAAAAGGAAUUCCUGGAGGAAUACCUGGUUCGAACCCAAGAGAAUCGCUGGACCAAAAAAAAAAUCUGAGGAACACUGGAAGGAAGCGAAUUUUUCCAGAAUCUCUGAAGGAAUGCCUUCGGAAAGUAAAUCUAGAAUUAUCUCUGAAAAAGACCCAAAAGGAACCCGGGAGGAACUCCAGAAUAUAUCUGUAAUAAUCCGGGAGGAAUUUACGAAAAUUACUCUGUAGUAAUCCCGAAUGGAAUCCCGAGAACAGUAGGAGAAUUUCUGGACCAGAAGAAACCUGAAGAAACAUUGGAAGGAAUCGCGGAAUUAAUAUAGAAUCGAACCCUUUCCGGAAACCAUGAAGGAAUGCAUUGGUCAGAACUAUUCUAAGUGGAAUCUCUGGAAGAAUACCAUAAGGAACGGAGGAAAAAAAUCGAGAGGAAUUCCAAGUAAAUAUCUGUAAUAAUUCCGAACAGAAUUUUGAAGAAAAUCUUUGGGGAGAUUCCUGGAAGAAUUAAGACCGAAAAGCUAUGAAGGAACACUGGAAGAAAUCGCGGUAAUAACAUUGGGUCGAACUCCUGCAAGUAUCCCUAGACAGUCCGGAUAAAAAUCCAGUAAGGAAUUUUAUAACGGUUUUUGAGCAGAGGAACCCUGCGAGAAAUUCCAAGAAGACUGUGAAGAAACACAAAAGAAAUCUUUUGGAAAAUCCUAUGCGACUGUCCGAAAAAGCCUUAUAAAGGAGCUCUUAAAAAAAGGGUCAAUUUCUUUAUAAAUUUCUAAAAGUAUCACUGGAGGAAUCCAUGAAGAUAUUUCGGGAGAAAAUUCUGGAAUAAUCUCAGUAAAAAUCACAGAGAAAUUCUCUGUAAGAAUCCCUGCAGGGACAGAUUCAUAUGAUAUUCGAAUAGUGCAGUAAUAUAGGACUGAUAUAUAACUAUGAUCGGAAGAGUUGGCUCAGUGUGGAGGUAUUUGUAACAGUAUCCCGGAACGAAUCCUUGAAGUUGAAGGAAUAACUGGGGUAUCUUUGAAUGUAUGUAUCCCGAAAUGAAUCCCAGAAGGAAUGAAUAAAAAUCUUGAAAAUUUUUAGGAGGAAUUCUGGAAAAGUUCUUAUGAGAAUCUUUUUAGAAAAACUCCUAGCAGCGUUCGCGGUAAAGUUCAUGAAAAAACCCUGGAGCAACUUUUAGAUGUAUUACUGAAGUAUCCCCGCAGAAAUCCCUGAACAAAUGGGGUCCGAGUUGACAGUGAUUCAAAACAUCCACACAACAUCGCCAUCGAAUGUAACAGUUUGGCACGGAACAUACAUAUACUCGACAGACGGUUCUCACUUACUUGAAUUCAGUUUUGUCGUAUAAACCAUCUUUAUGACCUUUUACAGACCCGAGAUAUCAUUGAACGCAGUUAUGUUCACUAGCCUGGUACACGGUUUAUAUGGGAAAAUAUAAAAAAUGGAAAAACUUCAACUCCUGUACACUUUUUGAGUACCAUUUUGGUGCCAUAUCAAUUGUGCAAAAUUGCAGAUUGAUCAAAGAAACUAUAUUUUAGCGCCAGCCAUUCUUAGUUUUUCAUACGAUUUACCAUGGGGGAAAUUUACUUCUUCAAAGAAAAAUCGCUUGAGGUCACCCAUUGAUCCCUGAAAAUAAGUCGCUGAAUGAUUUAUGUAGAUAACUUCACGAGGAAUCAGACCUCCGAAGACCGCAAAGCGAUGCGACAUUCGUGGAAAAAGUUAUUAAGCCUUACCCAAUCGAUAAAAUGACGAGAUUUUAUUAUUUAUUGUUAUUCCUUACAUGUUAAACAGCGUUGGCAUGCCAUUCGGCUUUCAGUCAAUAACUUUUUCCACAUGCCUUUGAUCGCUUUGCGGUCUUCAGAGGGUUUUUUCCUCGUAAAAUUUCCAACAGAAAUCAUUCAUCGAUAUAUUUUUAGGGGUUUAGGGGCGACCUGUGGCGAUUUUUCUUUGAAAAAGUGAUUUCCCCCAUAGUAAAUCGUAUGAAAACUUAAAACGGCUGGCGCUAAAAUAUAGUUUCUCCGAUCGAGCUGAAAUUUUGCAUAGUUGAUAUGGGGCCAAAAUGGAACUCAAAAAGUGUACAGGAGUAAAAUGUCUUCUCGUGUCCCACGCUAAUGUUCACCCCAGCGCCAUCUGGUGGGACGAUUUCCCACUAAUCACAAUAAUAGACAACAUUUGCAGAAAAUAUCUAAAUUUAUGUGAGAUAUUAGCAAAACAAACAGCAGCGUUAUGUGGUAAGAUAACUCCCGACUAGAGCAUGAUGGAGAUGUCAACGCAUCGAAUUUAUUUCAAAUAUUUAUCAUUUUCGCCACCUACACACAUAAUGCUUAAACAUUGUGUAAAUCUCAGAAAUACCAUCCCAUAAAUAGGAUGCUGAUGGGAUAUGGGAAGAAAGCAUUAUACCGCAGAAUUAUACAUUUUACGAGGUUGCCCUCUCUGGAAGGUUAACCUAUCAGAAAGCUUACUUGGAUUUGUAUUCCGAAGCCUUAAACUAUAGAUACAAAUCAAAUAUAACUUCAACUAAUAGUGCUAUUUAGUGAAGUUAGGGCCGAUUUCUUCACCUCGGCUUAACUGGUAAGCCAGGCUUACCCAUAUAGUUAAACCUGGUUUAACGCCUAAGCCAGGGUGAAAAAAUCGGCCAUUAAAAUAUUUGAUUCGUUUCAUAAAUGUGUCUGAAACUAUUUGGAAUGAGCAUGAGCAAUGAGCAUAGACAACCAUACAAUUCGUAGUUGCUACUCCGUGAUUGAUUAGAAUUAUCGAAACUGCACAAAGAACCAACAAACGGAACUAGCUUACCAUUCUUAAACAUUAUUAAAUCAUUAACGGUGCCGGCCACGUCCUUGCGGUUAUCGAAGAAGGGAAGGAAUGUUCGUGUGGCGUGCGACCAGGAUCUCCACGACUGUUACAAAAUGGAGUUUUUCUUAAUGUGGAGUGUGAAACAUAUUAGAAUAAACACAAACUGCUUUCCUAAUUUUUUUGAAACCCCACACACCAAAUUUUUUGAAAUGCUUCCGGUACAAAAAAAAUUAGCUAAAUAAAUUGCUUAAUUUCAGCAACAUUUUUACUGAAUUUCAGCACAACGUUGCUGAUCAACUAUCAAAAUUGCAAGUUAAAAAAUAAUUGCUGAUAUUCAGUGAAUUCGUAUUACCAAAUGUAAUCAUCACAAAAAAUCAGCCAAAUUUACUGAAUACCAGCAAAUAAAAUUUGCAGUGUAUUGUAUGUAUUUAUAGGGCCCAUAUUGCCGAGGCGGUAAACGCACGGGUAUUCAGCAUGACCAUGGUGAGGGUGACGGGUUCGAUUCCCGGUCGGUCCAGGAUCUUUUCGUAAAGGAAAUUUCCUUGACUUCCUUGGGCAUAGAGUAUCUUCGUGCCUGCCACACGAUAUACACAUGCAAAAUGGUCAUUGGCAGAGGAAGCUCUUAGUUAAUAACUGUGGAAGUGCUCAUAGAACACUAAGCUGAGAAGCAGGCUUUGUCCCAGUGAGGACGUUACGCCAAGAAGAGAGAGAGAGUAUGUGCUAUAGGAAUAUAUCCAAAGCAGUUCAAGUGUUUCAAAAUCAAAUUCAUGAGCCUAGCUUGUUUCUGAUCCAAGCAUUCAAAGAUUUCUGGUUCACCAAAAGUAAAUGUUUUUCGUAUACGUUCAACCAGUUUUUUUAGGUUUUUGGAAGCAAAGCGAUCAGUUCUCCGGGUCAGCUAUGUCUAUCGCCCCUGUCACAUGGAAGCAUAUCUGCCACAAACGCUGAAACGAGUUUACGAGCUAGACUUCAACAUCGUAUGGCUCCAAAAGCCGUGCAAGGUAAAUGCCAAUUUAACAACAACAGAAAAGGCAAUGCUCUCGAACAUUUAUUACCCAAUCGGGGUCCCAAUGACAGACGGACGGACUGUUGACGGAGAGCUGAAUAAGUCGAUCGCCAGACGGCAACGACAACGACGCACUCGCGCUUCGCUCAGAUUCAGCAAACGCAUGCAUGAGUCACGUGCUGCUAUUGCAUUACCUACCACCAGGCCUCCAUUGAACCGGCCUCCUUCACCAUCGUUAUAUCCUCGCACUUCUGGGAACUACUAGCGCUAGCGCAGCAUGUCUGCUACUGCCGCCGCACGCGAUUGUGGCACGUUUUCGUGAGCACACAAACGCGGCGUAGACAGACAUAGGUUGUCGACACUAGUAUGUAUGCAUCUUUGCUGCUGCUGUGCAUAGCUGCUGCUUAGCUACGGUCUCGGACGAUGGAGCUCGAUGGAGCGCUUUAUCGAUAGUGGUGUUGACUCCGGCCGUGUAAUAUCAUCAGCGUUCGUAGCCGGCCAAUCAACCGACCAUCCAUCCACCGGCUUCCGAUUUCACUUUUUUCCGCGUCAUAUAAAUUAUAAUAAACAUCUGAGCUCAGCUUUUUUGAACAGCUGGAGCGUUGUGCGAGCGAAGUGUAGCGUGAAUUGUGGGAAGGCUGAAAUCUCUACCCCGUUUGGCAUACAGUCAUUUGAUAUGAAGUCACUCAGGAUAAUAGACAAUUAAUACGGGGUAACGGGAGACCCCACAAAUGAUUUAGUAGAUUGGUUCUUUUCACAUGUUAUACUGUAAUGAUUUUUCUGAGACGCCAUCCUUACCAAACCAUUCGGCACAUUUAAUAUCGUGGUCGAGCAUCACAAUCCUACAACAAUAUGAUCUCAUAUUUAUAUUGUAAAUCCCUAGAACGAACCGUCGCAGCAGUGAACCUGCUUCCGACAAAUAAUGAAAAAAAUGAACAUUGAGUCACGUUCUACUACCGUUUGGUGUAUUGGUACGGAUGAUUGAAAGCGUCUCGAAACUCAUUACCACGCGGUGGAGGUGAUAAGCUAGCGCCGAGGCUUCAUCGUCCAGAGAGAAGGUCGAUGAAGCCCGAUAAGAUGGUUGGUUUUGUAAAACACUAUUGACCGAGUAAAAUUGUGCAACAAUGUUGAUGCCGCCGGCAUCAACGUCAGGGCGGCAUAAAACAGUACCUUAAAAAUAUCGAGAACAGCGUUGAUGAAGGAAUUAAUUACAAUUUAACUUUACAGACCCAAAUUGCUUCCAAGUUAGGGCCUGAUUCAACCAUGAAUACACCCAUUGAAACCGUCGACGCACGAUGCGUUUAAGCGUGUUGAUACAUUUUUGUUUUUUUUUUCGAGUAACUAAUUUCCAUCCAGUUUAGCAUCUAAAAUAUAAAACAAAACGAGAUCUUUCUAUAUUACAAACAAACGUACAGAUUAACAACCUAAAAUAGAUGUCAAAUGUGCACUCCCCCCUCAUCCGACCUAAUAGAUGGUAUUACACACGGAAGGAAGCAGGGGGGUAAAUUUUGAUCGUAGUAAUGUUAUCAAAAUCAGUGAGGAACAAGUGACGGUGAAAGCGAUGCUUAAUGCAAAAAAAAAUAAAUAAUGAAGAAUUAUAAAACAAACUCUUAAUAUUAGAAAACACAACCACACUUACUGACAUGCAUUGUUGUUUCUAAUGAUACGGAAAAUAAUAUUCUCUUUAAUUAGGAAGUACUUUUUAUUGAAUUACGAAACAUAAAAACAUCAUAUUACACAGAGAAAAUUUAAAUGGUAAUAUAAAGUGGAUAGGAAAACCCAAA